UUCAGCAUAAAAAUUGCGCGUCCUCCGAAGCGCCAGUCCCCGCGUAGUCGGCUCGUGAGCCACACGUCCCUAACAAAGUCGACCACGUGACCUGCGCGUGACCCUCACCUCGAAAUUCGACGAGGCGAUCUUACGCAAAAGGUCAUCAAUUGCGACCCUCCGAUAUGUAAGUCUCUAAAUGUCAAACGCAACCGAUAAACUCACACGUAAUCUGAAAGAUGACCGGAACGCCGCUCACAUGGCGCGGUCGGUGGAUCGUAGCGAGUGCUAUUUUCCUGGUCAAUCACAUUAACGUCAUAAACGCCGCGGCCUUAGGCGACGAAGUCGACAUGGCCUCGAUCGACUACUCGAAGGUCUCCAUCGAAGAGAAGCCGCUCUACACGCCUUCCUUGGAAGAGGUGGCCGACGUUUUAUCUGAGGGCCUCAGGAAAACGUUCGAGAUCGUGAACGUGACGGUCGAAGACUGCCCCGACCUCACCAGAGAGCCGUUCGACCUCACGACACCCGGACUGUCGGGCGACAGCAAACUGGUGGAGCUGGGCGGCCCGCCCUACCUGACGCCGCGGGUGCGCCGCGACAAGGUGUACGACUUGGCCGCUCUGCUGCGGCACCUCGGACGAGACCCGGCGCUCCUGGCCGGGGCCGGGGCCGGCCCGUGGCCGUAUCUCGGCGUCAACUGCGAGGGCAUCAUUAACCUGUCGGUGCGGGAGGGCGCGGUGACGCAGGGCACACGCGUCGUUUCGGUGAGUCCGUCGGGCGCGGCCAAGGGCCAGGCCUCGUACGUGCAGCGGAGGCUGCCUCCCGGCGAGACCAGGACGGCGCUACUCGGGAACUAUCUGCUCAGCGAGGGCCGGCCGGGCCGAGUUCUCAAAGUGGUGGCCGAGAAACGUAUCGGUCCGUCGAACUUCAUCACCGCCAUUAGAGAAACUCUGAAGGAGCGGUACGGGGACCGAGCCGUCGGUCUGGGCGGGGCGUUCCUGCUCGCGGCGGGCAAGGUGAAACACCACGUGAUGCCGGACUUCAGCGCUUCACCCCUCUGUUCCGACGAAGACGUGGACCGUUGGCUGCACUAUUUCGAAAUGACCGCGCCCAUCAUGCACUUGGGCACCCUCGUCACCGGCGACCUGGGCCUGGAUCUGCGCGUUCAGCACUUCCACGGGUACAGUGCGCACGGCGACGGAGGCCACUACCACUACGACACCACUCCCCUGCAGGUGCGCUACGAGGGGUACUUCACCCUGGCCUCCUCCGUGAUCAGAGUGGACCGGCCCUCGGAGACGCACGGCAUCGGACGAGACUGACUCGAAGAGGGCGAGCGCCGGGAUCGUUUCAGCAUUAGAAAAAUAGGGUAACUCUUAACAUGUCCAAUUGUCUUCUCGAUGACUUCGAGAGGCCUUCAGGAGCGGAAGAAGCGCACGGCGCGCACCACGUACUGGCGGCAGA